AGCGUUCGCUGCUUGAAUGGACAGGGAAGAUUCAGUUGAUGGUUUAUUAAGACAGAAAUUCUUAGAAAACGCAUUUAUAUUCGCGAGGUUCACGUUAUUAUGGAAAUUUUGAAAGAAGCGAUGAAGUACAGGACAGAAUGGAGCGACCCGGUACACCGAUCAAAACUAGUCUUCUCAAGCGAUAUUUAAAGGAUAGUGACUUUUCUGCAUUUAGACACUCGGUGUAUUUGUAUAUUUUAUGUAGAAUGUUAUCGUUUUCGUGAAAAUUGCAAUAAGGUACCGCGCGGUUCCUCAUGAAUGUUAUCCAAGUUUCGGACAAAUCAAAUCAAGCGUUGCAAUAACUAUAAUCUCACACAAGGAUAGUUGUGAUAUUUUUCUUCCUUUCGUUAAAAUCGAAUGCAAGAAUGGAUGCUGGCAGCGAGGUGUCCACUGUUGUUUCUCCUGGUUCCGAUGGAAAUGCCCCAAAACAUCUUUGGAGACAACAGAGCCCGGUUCCUCUUCAGCUCCAGCACGCGCGCAAAAACCACCGGGUGAGACAGAGGGGCUUUUCCGACACUGAGAAGUACCUGAAACCCAGGACCAUGGACCGGACUUAUGCCGUUGACACCGGUAACCGUCCCGUUUUGAAAAAAUCCAGAAUGUCAUGGCCAUCAUCCUUUCAGGGUAUGAAACGCUUUGACGUUGACAAUGGCACCUCAUCGGGACGCAGUCCGCUGGAUCCCUUGGCCAGCCCAGGGUCAGGCCUCAUCCUCCAGGCCAACUUUGUGCACAGCCAGAGGAGGGAGUCUUUCCUGUACCGCUCCGACAGCGACUACGACCUCUCGCCAAAAUCCAUGUCCAGAAACUCCUCCAUCGCCAGUGACAUACAUGGUGAUGAUAUGAUUGUAACACCUUUUGCACAGGUUCUGGCGAGUUUAAGAACGGUCCGGAAUAACUUUGCUGCUUUAACAAAUGUCCAGCAGGAAAGAACCAAUAACAAGAGAUCCCCCAUGUGUAACCCACCUCCCAUCACAAAGACCUCCUACACAGAGGAGGCCUACCAGAAGCUGGCCACAGACACCCUGGAGGAGCUGGACUGGUGCCUCGACCAGCUUGAGACCCUACAGACCAGACAUUCUGUCGGUGAGAUGGCAUCCAACAAGUUCAAAAGGAUGUUGAACAGAGAAUUAACUCACCUGUCAGAGAUGAGCCGGUCUGGUAACCAGGUGUCAGAGUUUAUCUCAAGUACAUUCUUAGACAAGCAACACGAGGUGGAGAUGCCAUCGCCCCAGUCCCAGAAAGACAAGGAGAAGAAGAAAAGGCCAAUGUCCCAGAUCAGUGGCGUAAAAAAACUAACGCACAGUUCCAGCCUCACCAACUCUAACAUCCCCCGAUUUGGGGUCAAAACAGAAACGGAGGACGAGCUGGCCAAGGAGUUUGAAGAUGUAAAUAAAUGGGGCCUUAAUGUCUUCAAAGUCUCAGAAUUUUCUGGAAACAGACCUUUAACAGUUAUGAUGUACACGAUAUUCCAGGAGAGAGACUUGCUGAAGACGUUUAAAAUUCCCCUUGAUACCUUUAUCACCUAUCUGAUGACUUUAGAGGACCAUUACCAUGUUGACGUUGCCUAUCACAACAACAUCCACGCUGCUGAUGUCACGCAGUCCACUCACGUUCUGCUAUCAACCCCUGCCCUUGAGGCUGUGUUUACAGAUCUGGAGAUUCUCGCUGCCAUAUUCGCCAGUGCGAUUCAUGAUGUUGAUCACCCUGGAGUCUCCAACCAGUUCCUCAUUAACACUAACUCUGAGUUGGCCCUCAUGUAUAAUGAUUCGUCUGUGUUGGAGAAUCAUCAUCUGGCUGUAGGCUUCAAACUGCUGCAGGAAGAGAACUGUGACAUCUUCCAGAACCUGACCAAGAAACAGAGACAGUCACUCCGCAAGAUGGUCAUUGAUAUCGUUCUGGCCACAGAUAUGUCUAAACACAUGAAUUUAUUGGCGGAUUUGAAAACCAUGGUGGAGACCAAAAAGGUGACCAGUUCAGGGGUGUUACUACUGGACAACUACUCAGACCGGAUACAGGUCUUGCAGAACAUGGUGCACUGUGCAGACCUCAGUAACCCCACCAAGCCCCUGCAGUUGUACAGACAGUGGACGGACCGCAUCAUGGAGGAGUUCUUCAGUCAGGGAGACCGAGAGAGGGAGCGUGGCAUGGAGAUCAGCCCCAUGUGUGACAAGCACAAUGCAUCGGUCGAGAAGUCUCAGGUGGGUUUUAUCGAUUACAUUGUGCACCCGCUGUGGGAGACGUGGGCAGACCUGGUGCACCCAGACGCCCAGGAUAUCCUGGACACGCUUGAGGACAACAGGGAGUGGUACCAGAGCACCAUUCCACAGAGCCCCUCUCCAGCGCUGGACACCAACAGCGACGGGCGACGCACAACCGGCCAGGAGAAAUUCCAGUUUGAAUUGACUCUAGAGGAGGACGGAGAAUCCGACACGGAGAAGGACAGCGGAAGCCCUCCCGAUGAGGAGGAGGAGGAGGAGGAGGAGGAGGAGGAGGAGGAGGAAGAGGAAGAGGAAGAAGAGGAGGAAAACAGUUGUAGUGACUCUAAAACCCUUUGCACGCAGGACUCUGAAUGUACAGAGAUCCCCCUGGACGAGCAGGUGGGGGACGGACAGGAAGAGGACGACGAAGAACGGGAAAUAUCAGAACCCUUUGUUUUAGAGGAGGACGAGGAGUACACUGCCAACACAUAACACAGUAUGACACGGCACCCGGACUUUUUUAUACGAGAGAUGAGAAACACUUAUGUUUUUUCAUUGUCUGUUUUGCAUACAUCGUUGUUUUGAAGUGCUUUUUAACGUUCGCCUUUUUAACCUGGUUUUAUUUUUCGUUCCUUGCUCUUUUACAUCCACCCGUUGCAACCAUUUUUGCACUCAGGAAUAUCCUUUCCACUUCCACCUUUCACUCAUAGAAACAAGAUAAAUGAAAGGUCGAUAAAAAGCUUGAAUUUGUCUUUUAUUCAUGUUUGUGAGGUACUCUUUUUUUUUGUUUGUUUGGAGUGAAGCAGUAUUUUAAAAACAUUGAACUUAGAAAGCAGUCGUGUGAUUUAUACAGAUUUUUCUCCAAGACACUACUUCUGUCCAUCUGAAAGUGGUCAUCGGAAGCAUUUUAGCAGACACAUUUUGGUAGAAAUGACUACAUGUUUUGAACCUCACGUCUUCCUUGAUGCCUUGAAUGUGUUAUUUAGCUGGAUUUAGUUGUCCGUUUAGUGUAUCAAGCAUUAUUCAAAGUGAACGGACAUGCUACCAAAGUGAAAAGACACACGAGACACAAUCAUCUGCAGAUUCUGACAUUUUGUUUCAGAUAAUCAUAUGUUCCAUUAAUCAGCCAUCUUGUUCUGUUUGCUGCAGCCGUUCUACAUUUAAAAAUAAUAUUUUUAACAUAACAACAGUCUACAAUUUGUACAAAUAUGGUAAUAUUUGCUUACUGGACAAAUUUUGACCAUAAAAUCUAUUUUUCCCCACAAGAACAAUAAUAACUCAGGAUUUUGGUCUAAAAAAGAAUUUGGAAUCAGCCUUAAUUAUAGAAAUGUUUUAAAUACAUUCUUGCGGUGAAUCCUGGGUGUUCACUUUAUAUACAUAAUUAAUAUUAAUAAUAAAACCAUCACUACAAAUAACAGUGCUAAUAGUAAUAGGUGCAGUAUUAUUAUUAUCAUUAUUAUGUUUUUAUUUAUAUCGUGGCUGUUUGUUUGGGCUUCAUCUUACUAAGUUCUUUCCCAGAAUUCACCUGGGUCGUGGUUGUUUGAUCGCAUAUGUCCACGCCCACACCUGACAUAAAUACGUAUUUUUCUCCAUUUACCGGUUUCUUUUAUGAUCACAUGACAAUCAGCUUCAGUGCAAAAUUUUAAGUGUAUUUAUUUUGUGUUUGCCAAACAUUUUCACUCAUGAAGAUUUGAUUGCUGCUGUACUCGUCUUUGCCAAGUGUCCUAAUGUAUAAACGUGGCUCUAUUAUUUUCUCGCUAGCAUUAUUUACGAAUGCUCUUUGAUGUGCUGGUAGCAUAUUAAAGCAUUUUUGUCAAACUGUAGCAUCAGCAAUGCAGGCAUUUGGGUCCGUUCUCCUAAAUAUACUUUAAUACAUAUGCAGUAAAUAGACUUAGUGAAAUGUAUACAAUUCUGUAUGAUACUGAAGCCCCCUGUCAUUGCUUUCUUUAAUCGCUUUAUUUAAAACUCAUUCUGUUGCCAAGUUUUUCUAUUUGUUAAGUUUCGUUUUUUUUUUUUGUGUAUCCAUUUCCUACAUUGUUUCUCGUGUUUACAUACACGUAUUUAUUGUGAUGUACAGUACAUAUUGUUGCUCUUACCAUGUUGUUGUAAACGAUUAUAUCAUCCCUUUUGGUGAUGGUGUUGUAUUAUGGAACUCUUACUGAGAGAAUGUUUGUUAUUCUUAGUAUAUAAUAAUCCCAUUGUUAUGUGUCUCUAGAGAGAUUGCGUAGAGAACGGGGAAAGCCAAAUGAUAGUCUUUCUUGUGUUUUUAUUUUAUUUGGCUUUUUUUUCGUUUUAGAAGAAAGUGGUUCUGUGGCCUGAGGGUUGUGCCUUACAGAUAGAUCUUUAGUUUUUAACCUCUUGCUGCACUAAAGUAACUGCUGGUUGGAAAUUGACUUUGAUGUUGCUUGUGCUUCUCCUGUGUAUUUGGGAUAAAUGCUCCCAGAAAACAAAACGAAACAUGUUUUGUAGACAAAAGUGUCAGACCUCAUUGGACAGGGUAAAGCAGUGUAUAAGAACCUCCAUCGUGUUAACGUCUAUGCUGUGUUCAUUUGACUGAAACAGGCAUUUUAGAUUAUCUAGAACAUUUGUGUUUCUUGCAAUAUGAAAGAAAGAACAACACAUUUGUGUCCGGGGAAUAACAGGGCAUUUUGAUGUCUAGAUUAAAAGAGGGUUAGAGACAUCUUCACCAAAACUUAAAUCUUCAAGUUUGGACUCGUUGACACAUAUACUGUAGAUUCUUAAUUGCCCGAAAUGGAUGAAAUCAGUGUGUACGUUUUUGUUAUCUUUUUAAAUCACGAGAGAAAUACACAAAGUGAAUUUGGAAAAAAAAAAGAAAUUUAGGGAUAACUAUUUUUCUGUUGUGUGACUUGAAUGACAAAUUGUCUGGAGGUUUCACAAGACCGCUUAGUUGUUUAUCAGGCUCAUUGUUUAUUGCAGUCUAUUGGAUAGAACUGUAGAAAUAAAAAUUUACGUACGAAAAGUAGUAAAAUCAAAUAAAAAUGUUUUUAUAUGCACCAAAAUAAAAGCAUGGGUU